CACUUCUGAAGCUGGAGAACCCCUGGGAGGGUUCAGCAGCCAGAUGCCCAUGUUGAGCAUCCACUCCCUGAAACCCGAGGCCCUGCGCCUGCCACCUGGGACCUCAGAGUUCCUAGGCUGCCAGCGGCGCCACACACUCCCUGCCAGCGAGUUCCGCUGCCUCACUCCUGAGGAUGCCAUCAGUGUGUUUGAGAUCGAGCGUGAAGCCUUUAUCUCUGUCUCGGGUACCUGUCCCCUCUACCUGGAUGAGAUCCGACACUUCCUAACCCUGUGUCCAGAGCUGUCAUUGGGCUGGUUCGAGGAGGGUCGCCUUGUGGCCUUCAUCAUCGGCUCACUUUGGGACAAGGAGAGACUUACUCAGGAAUCGCUGACGCUGCACAGGCCUGGAGGCCGCACGGCUCACCUGCACGUACUGGCAGUGCACCACACCUUCAGACAGCAGGGCAAGGGCUCUGUCCUGCUCUGGCGAUACCUGCACCACCUGGGGGGCCAGCCAGCUGUACGGCGGGCUGUGCUCAUGUGCGAAGAUGCACUGGUGCCUUUCUAUGAGAAAUUUGGCUUCCAGGCUGUGGGCCCGUGCGCCGUCACUGUGGGCUCCCUCACCUUCACAGAGCUCCAGUGUUCCUUACGGUGCCAUGCCUUCCUGCGCAGGAACAGUGGCUGUUGACCAAAGCCGCCCACUUGGCCGUGAAGAGGGCGGGAGCAGCAAGAAGGCUGGGGGCUCCUAACUCCCACGCCACACCCUUCUCUGCCUAGAGUCCAUCCAAGUAGCGCUGGCUGGCACGAAGGAGCCAGCAGUUGCCAACUGGAGUAGAGAGGUAAGGCUCAAAAAGAGCACACGAAGUGGCUUCGCCCCAGCAUAGGCUGCCGU